CCAAUUUCAGGAUAGAAAAAGAGUAUCGAACGAAGUUCGACGCGAUUCUAGAUCACGUCGAAAGACCACCAUCAUGAGGAGCUUCAUAUUCCUCUUGUUACUCACUGGCCACAUAUCAUCAGGCAGCAUAGAUUGGUCAGCGAUCGAAACUCCUCCACAAUUUGUUCACGAUAAGAAUGCAGAUACCGUUUACUUUAAAGUCGAAAAAAGUGGAAUGAGUGAUGAAUCGGCGAAAAAUACGCCCGGUAAUCUGCUCGAACAAACGAUUCAUUGCUAUGCAAAUGGAAAUCCAAGGCCUUCAUAUCGUUGGAAAAAGGAUGGUAAGACGUUCCUGCCGUCCAUGUUUCCGGAGAAAGUUGUUCAGAAACCAGGAGAAGGAAGCCUUGUGUUCUCCCGUCUUGAUGAAUCUGAUGCCGGAUUAUAUCAAUGUGAAGCUGAAAAUUCGAAUGGAACAGCUGUUGAUCGUCCUGUCCGUGUACAAGAAACAUGGAUUCGUCAUUUCAAAACUGCGGAACCAGAAGUUGUAGUUGUCGAAGUUGGAGAUCCGUACCAAAGAAAUUGUUCUCCACCUGCUAGUAAUCCAUACGCAAGAGUUUAUUGGAUUCUUAUGGGAAAAGAACCGGGACAUUUCGAAACUAUCAGUAGUAGUCAUAUUUCUAGCAAUGAACAAGGCACAUUGUUCUUUCACUAUGUUAAUGAAACGGAUUUCAAGUCGGAUCGCUACUACACAUGUACAGCCGAGAACAUCGAACUCAAGGACUACAAGUUUGGCAAUCAGUUUAGUCUGCAAAUUACGAAUAACAAGAGACGUAGUUUGCAACAAAUGCCUCCAACAGAGCAGUACGUGAAUCAGAGUUCUCCAAUUGCUCUCCAAGGAAAUCAACACAAACUUCACUGCUUCUUCUCCGGAUAUCCAGCACCAAAACCCCGUUGGUUCCACAAUGGUCGUGAGAUCAGUGAAGAUAGUGAUGCUGCAGGAUUUCGAUUCGAAUCAUACGGUAAAACACUCGUCUUCAAUGUAACACAAGACAAGGCUGGAAAGUAUGAUUGCCGAUUUGCAACUCAACAGGAUAUUGAUCGAACAUUCAAUGUUGUAGUCGAGGCUGCUCCAUACUGGCCACUUGGACCACCACCAAAUACAAAUACAAGUGAAGGUGAAAAAGUAAUAUUCGACUGUACUACUUACGGAAAACCAACUCCAAAAGUGACAUUCUACAAGAAUGGAGUCGAAAUUGAAUCACAAAAAGAUGAUAGAUAUCUAAUUGAAGGAACAAGACUUACUAUUUUUGAUGUCAAGAAGGGAACUUAUGGUAAAGGAGAUAAUGCAGUAUAUCAGUGUAAAUCUGAGAAUAAGCAUGGAUGGCUUUGGACCAAUUUCUAUCUGAAUCUUCUUGCAUUCAAACCACAACUUCUCAUCGAUCCAGGAAAGGAAGAAGUUGAAGCAGUUGCUGGAAAAAAGGUUACACUUGAAUGUAAAUUCUUUGCAAGUCCAAAUGCAGCUGUAAAAUGGGAAGCUCCAAUGAUUUCCGGAUCAAAAGGAAAUCAGAUUCCAGCUGAUGCUUAUGGUGUUGGAAAGCUCGUGUUCAGUGAAGUGACAGCUGCUGAAGAAGGAGAAUAUGAAUGCAUUGGAACCAAUAAAUAUGGUCAAGCAACUGGUCUCAUUACACUGAAAGUUAGAAAACCAACAAUUGUUCAACCAUUCCCCCGUGUUGAAGAAGUACGAAUGGCUGGUGAAGAAAUGAGAUUAGCUUGUGAUGCAACAGCUGAUAAUCAAUUAGAAGUAAAAUAUGAAUGGCUUGUCGAUGGAAAGUCUCUACCGGAGGAUCGAAUCAGUUCGGGACACUAUAAAAUCGAUGAUGAUCAUUCUUUAGUGAUUUCUAAUCCAACUCAAGAUGAUACUGCAAAGUAUAAGUGUGUUGUGAGCACUAAAUUGGAUCAAGUUGAAAAGGAAAUCAAAAUUCAAUUUAAGGAUGUUCCUGUGGCUGUUCACUCUGCGUGGGUUCAAACUUGUGACAAGAACUCACUCACUGCAUUUAUCAAAUUCGAACACUAUGAGUCGAUUCACACAAUUGCUCCAAUAAAAGAAUUCUGGGUUCAAUAUCAAAUAGACUCAGAAACUGAAGGAUCACAAUGGAGAACUCAUCCAGUUCCAUCAGCUGCUCAUCCAAAUGAUAAGAUUGAUAAUAAUCUUAGACAUACAACUGGUGAUGCUACUGUUUCACUACAACCAUUUGGAAAAUAUGUAUUCCGUGUUAUCGCCCGUAAUUCUGUUGGUGACAGUGCUGCACGGUUAGCGAAGGAUCAAUGUGAGACACCUGCCAAACAGCCGGAUAAAAAUCCAGAUGAAGUAGCAGCAAAGGGAACAAGUCCAGAAAACAUUAUUGUUCAAUGGAAACCAAUGUCCAGAGAGGAAUGGAAUGGAGCUGAUUUCCAUUAUGUUGUGAAGUAUCGGCCGAAGGAUGAAGAUCAAAGAGUCGGAGAUUGGAAAGAAGUAGCAGUAGAAGAUCCAUUUGCUGAUAGAGUAACUGUUAAUUUGGAUGAUGAAAAGGAUGUUAAACCAUUCCAACCCUAUGAAGUUCAAGUUCAAGCCGUCAAUAGUGAAGGAAGAACCAAUGUUGUACCUGAGACUGUUGAAGGACGGACUGGAGAAGGUGUUCCAAGCAGUAUUCCAAGUGGUCUCCGUGUUCUUGAAAAGAGUGGAACAACUGUUACACUUGCAUGGAAUGGUGUUGAUCCACAAACUGCCAACGGAAACUUCACCGGAUACAAGAUCACAUAUUGGGUUGAUGAAGCAGAUCAAGACUCGGACGAUUCAUCAGAAGAUGACGAAGAUGAUGAGAAAAGAAAGUUCAGAUGGAAGAGAUCAAUUCGUGUGAAGAGACAAUCUGGAAUUCGGAAGACUGUUGUAUUUGGUCCAAGUGCAACUCAAGGAACUCUUACAGAUCUGAAGCCAGCUACAUUGAAUCAUGCUUACAUCCAAGUCACAAAUGGUGCUCAUGAAGGAUCAGCUAGUGAUACAAUUGAUUUCCAAACUGAUGAAGGAGUUCCCUCACCAGUUCGAUCCCUUCGCGCAUAUCCAAUGAACUCAAAAGUCGGUGGUGAAAAGGGAGUCGUUGUUCUUGUAUGGAAAAAGCCACGGCAGACUAACGGAAAGUUGGCACGAUAUGAGGUGGAGUACUGUAAAACUCAAAACGGGAAACUCGUCGAAAAAUCGUGUCCUCGGAAACAAAUCGAUGCGGAUUCAAAAGAGAUUCGAAUUACUGGACUCGAAAAUGAGACACCAUACAGAUUUAUUUUACGAGCACAUACAUCGGCAGGAGAAGGUGAUCCAAAUUCUUCGGAUGCUACCACUCUGCCAGAAACAACUGCUGCUGGAGUGGACCCUGGAGUGCCUAGCCUCGUUGAAAAUGCAAUUGGAGACAAGUAUUUCAAUGUUUCGUUCCGCCCUGCCAAGUAUGAUGAUGAAUCUCGUGCUCCUGUUGGAAAUACAUAUGAAGUUCAGUACAAACCACAAGAUGCUGAUGAAUGGGAGACUGUGAAGCCGGCUGAUGAUGGACUUACCGUACAUGUCGAUGGCCUGAGCCCAGGAACGAAAUACGAUGUUCGUGUUGCUGCUCUUCAAGUUGAUCCAGAAGGCGGUGAAACGACGAAAACGUUGUCUGGAAUCUCAAAAAUCACGACGACGGGAACGAGUUCUCGUGAAAGAAAUGUCUAUCUUUUGAUUCUCCUCUUGCUGAUCCUUCUUCUGCUGCUCAUUAUUUGCUGCAUCUGCUGUGUUGUCUGCCGUCAACGUGGACAAAACUAUCCAGUAUCACAGCGUGAGCGUGAGCAAGGAAGAGAACCGAUUCUUGGAAAACCAGACUACAAAACCGAUGAUGAUGAAAAGCGAUCAUUGACGGGCUCCAAAGCCGAAUCAGAAACUGACAGUAUGGCACAAUACGGAGACACAGAUCCAGGAGUCUUCACUGAAGAUGGAUCAUUUAUUGCUGUUUCAGGUCAAUACGUUCCACAAAAGAGCUUGAUGCCGGCCGAACGGCCCGAGAAAGGAUCAACGUCGACGUUUGUCUAGAAGACUAUCCACGUGUUCCUUCUUUUUCAUUUUAUUACACGAAAUUGCUUGAGCUUAUUUAUUUAUGUGUACUUUCAUUCUCAUCUGUUUCCAUUUUUUCCAUGAUAUCUUGUAGUAUUUCUGUAACUCCACAAUCCCCCACAUCCUCCUGUUUCAUUUCUUCCCGGUUGGAAGAAUGAUUUGUGCUUCCUUGUGCAAAUGCAUUCAUGCCACAGAACCAAUACCAUUCGUCACCUUAUGCGGGUAACUCAUCCCCUUCUUCUUCACACAAAAUUGUUAUUCUUGAAGCAUAUACCGCCAGAAGCGAAAAUUCAUGUGUUUAUCCAUUUUCUAUGUUUUAUUCUUCCAUCAUCAAAAUCCCAUCCCAUCUUUCUUCAAAUCUUCAGAUUCCAAAUCUCGAAGUUCUUAUCACAAAUUUUAUACACACACAACUCGUUUUCUAUUUUUCAAUUGAGUGCGCUUUCUUCUUUUUUUUAUGUUCUUGUUUCAUUUUCUCCCCACUUUUCUCCUUUCUUCCCGAGUCGCAUCAUUCUGAUCUAUCGUACCACAAUCUUCUCUAGAUUUCAGUUGUGAUUUUUUCAUCUUUCUGUAAACCACUCUCUCAUUUAUCUUCUCUCAUUUUCAUCCCAGUAAUAUGCGGAUAACCAUGUGGGUAGUGACUUUUUGUUUUUCAUCUUCUGAACAAAAUCCUUGAGUUGUUUGCAAACUAUCGCUUUAAAUGUUUCUUUUUUUCUUCCAAAUUCUUUCUUUCUUCUCCCCCCAUCAUUGCCUAAAUCAUCCCCCGCCUUGGGUUUGUUAUAGAAGAGCACAGCUUUUCCGUCUUUCUUUUGGCUUUUGAAGAGGGCACAGAAUAAUUUGUAAGAAAAUGGUGGUUUUGAACUAAAUAUUUAUAAUUUUUCGAAAAAUGCGUACUUUUUUGUGAACUUUCAGUUCAUGUUUUGUAUUUCCAAAUUCAUCACAUUGACGUUUGCCAGAGCUUUUACCAAAGAAAAACCACAUUAACUAAGUAAGCCUUAUCAUGUUUCAAACAUAGGUUUUAGUCUUAGACUUAUAGAGUUAGAUUCGAGGAUAAGCUCUGGUAGGAGUAAUGCAAAAUUAAAUUAAUACAAGAAUUCAAAACACUCUUCUUCUGAACAAUUUCCUCCUGUCCCCCUUCACUUACCAUUUCAACACAAAUUUCAAACAAUCAAUCGAAGAAACCAAACACUUUUUCAUUUUUAUAUAUGCAAAGGCAUUAUGCAAGUUUUAAUAAAGAAUUAAAAUCAAAUUCAGUAGUUAAAAACAAAUAGUUGUGUCAAGCCGUCGUCUCUUGCAGUGAAUUCAA